AUGAAUCCUAAUUUUGAUAAUAGUUUCCAUUAAAAAGAUGAUAUUAUGCAGAACUUUCCAUAAUCAGAAUAGUGUUAAUCACAUCACAAUAAUUUCAGUGUUGACAAUGAUAUUAUGAGAACAUAUAGUUUAGGUACUCCAAAAGUGAAUUUUGAGAGAUGGAAUACUCAGACUCAAACAGAAGUGAUUAAGUAGGAAUGCAAUCUAGAUAAUCCUUUCAUGUAGAAUUAAGUAAUUACACUAAAUUUAUUAUAUAGCAUGUAGAAUCUGAGUUCUAAAUUAAUGUUGAUAAUAUCUUACAAAUUAAUCAGAAUUGUAUAAAAUUCAUUUGAAAUUAAAGUUAAUGAUACUAAAUUGAUUGAUUUGAACAAAGAUAUUAAAUCCAAUUCUGACAUUACUUUAAAAGAGGAUCCUUAAUUAUAUUGUCAAUAUGAAAGAAAUUAUGAAUCCCAUAAUACUGAUUUAAUUGUAAUUCCAACUCCAUAAUCAAAAAAUAAACUCAAAGCUGUUGGAAAUAUGUUUAUGGGAAUAUGGAGAUUACAAUAAAAUAUUGUUGAACCUAUCACAUCUACAGUAAAAUAGAACUAAAUAAAAUUAGGAAUAAUUUUAUGAUAAUUUUGGAUCUACUUAGCGUUAUUUUAAUAACAAAAACAAUUAUAAAUAGAUUCAUCCAGCUACAGAUUCUUAGGAUCUUCAAUUAAUGGAUAUUUUUAAUUAAUUUAAAUUAGUAUGUCUCUUUACUUAAUAUUCUACAUCUGGUUCAAAUGAAGACAUUUAAAAUAUGAUAAAGAUUCUAUAAAGAGAUCCAAAACGGUAAUUAUUAAUAUUAUUCUAGUAAUCUGACUAAUCCUCAAGAUCCAAAUCACAUCAUAAAUUCAUUAAAUUAAUAUGGUCAAAAUGCCCUUUAUAUUGCAUCCAAGAAUGGGAAUAUUCAAGUUAUUAAAUUUUUAUUAUCUCUUGAAUGCAAUAUACAUAUCAAAAGUCGCAUAUUUGAUGAUCUCACAGAAAGUCCAUUAGAAGUUUCAUCAAGAUGGCAUCAUUUAGAAUGUGUUAAAUUGCUCUUGAAUUCUGGCUUAUAUAGUAAUUAAGAAUUGAGAUCAGCAAUUAAGGUAACUGAAAAUUAAGAAAUCAUCAAUUUGUUGAAAUUAAAUAUGACCUCUUCUCUUUUCUCCUGUUGUCUAUGA